CGCUUUCAAUAAACUUCCCAAGAAUCUCCAGUCCCUCAUCUUCCAACAUAUUAUCACGGCCUUUCAUCUUCUUCCGGAGAAUCACGAAUCUUCAUGAUGGUAUGAUAUUGUCCAUCUUGAGCAUUAGCUCUCGUGACUUUGCUUUGUGCUUCCUCAAAAGGCUCGUACUAGUGAGGAUGUAUUCCUUAGUUAUAAACCCAUGAUCAUUCUCUAAAUUAUCCCAGAACGUGGGACUCCCUCCCAACAAUUCUCAACAUUUGUAUCUUCUAUGAAUUUCUUACUCUUUCCGCUCUCUCAUUUGUUUACGUUCCUCAAUGCUUAUUAGAAAAUGGGAAGUUGAAUAUGAAAUCAAUACGAAAUUUUCUGAUUAAGGUGUGGUUGAUUUAACAAAAGAAUGCAGACGAGCUCUGCUGUUUCAGCUGCACAUCUUCUUGCUCAGGGUGUUGAAGCUUCUUUGCCUAAGCAAAAGAGAAAUUCAGCAAUUGUAGAAUUUAAGAAAGCAAUGGUUGCUCAUAAGAGACGUAGUAAAGCACGUCAGGAAGUAAAAGGUUCAUCUCAACUCCCUCAAGACGUUCUCCUCCACAUCUUCCGCUUUCUAGAUAUUGAAUCUUUAGUUUCAGCUGGGCUAGUCUGUCGGUCAUGGAGUGCAGCCGCAGAUGAUGAAUAUCUGUGGCAGUUUCAGUAUACAACAUUUUUUGGUUGUUCUGAUGAACCCAUUAAUGAUGAAGACAGUGUGGAUGGCUUAGCUAGCACACCUCACGUUGAUUGGAAAGAGGCGUUCAAGAGAGCAUAUGUAGGUAAUUCUCUGUGGAGAAACAGAUAUGGAAGGGGAUACUGCAAACACUGUGACACAAUAGUUUCCUUUAGUACCUUGAGAUGUCCCAAUGAUCAUGGUAGAAAUAAAAACAGACAAAUCAAGCCUCUGUCAAUCAACCAGGUUGUUGAAUAUGUGUUAAAUGGAAUUUCAGAAUUGAUUUAUUCUUCAGAUAGCGAUACUGAUUCAGAUGAAGUUGUGAUUUCUGAGUUUUGGGCUCUUCCAAAGUAUUUGGGCAGAAGACGCCCCAACUGAGUGGUGCCAACGGGCACUAAAGGAGCCGGAGCCGAUUGAAAGUGUUCAAACAUGUAAAGUUGGAGAUUUGAUUUUUUUUUUUUAAGAAUAUAAUGUGAACAUACUUAAGUUGGCGAGAGAUUUGGUGUUGUAAUAGACAGUAAAGAAGUCGACUCGUCUAGCCUUUUUAUCUCGAUGAUAUUACUAAAGGGAAAGUUCGUAUCGAUUACAAAAUAACUCCAAUUGGUGUAGAUGGCAGCUUAGAUUGUAAAUAAUAUAGCAAUAGCAGAUGAGCCUUUUUUUUUUU